AUGUGCACAAGCAUGGUGACAGCUGCGGCUCUUGGGCUAGGUGGCCUGCUAGUAUCAGAUAGUGUGAAGACAAAGCAAGCCUCUGCUUCCCUUCUCUCUGAAAAGCAUUUGUUACAGAAGCAACUCCAUCAGGUUAACAGCUCACUGGAGUCAUCUAAACAAAAACUCUCCCGUGGUGAAGAGCAGAUGAAAGCCUAUGUCGCACAAGCUAUAAAAACUUCUUCAGAGAACAGGCAUCAUGCAAUUACCAUUGAAAAGACUCUGCUGGAGGUAUCUGACGCAGAGAAGGAGCUCAAGUGGCUUCGGUCCGCCGUUGGAUCCUCUGAGAAAGAAUAUGAGCAAAACCAGAAAAAAAUAGCUGAGCUCAGAACGGAGCUGGAACGUGAGAGAAGCGAGAAGAGAAAGCUUGAGGAAGCAUACGAGGAGGUUAAGAAUGAAGUCAUGGAGCUGACAUCUGAGAACGAAGAAGCUACUAUCCAGAAGCUCCAGGACGAGAUAAAAGACUCCAAGGCUAUUCUCAAGUGUGGCGUGUGCUUUGACCGGCCGAAAGAGGUUGUGAUCACCAAAUGCUUCCACCUGUUCUGCUCGACCUGUAUCCAGAGGAACCUCGAGCUACGCCACCGGAAGUGCCCAGGCUGCGGCACCCCUUUCGGGCAAAACGACGUGCGAGAGGUGAAGAUCUGA